AUGUCUCCUACGAACGAGUAUGAAUAUGAAGAUGAAGCAACAAUCGAUGCGAAACUUAUUUGUUCAAUAUGUUUAAGUCCAUUUAUCAAACCAACAAUAACCAUAUGUAACCAUAUUUUUUGCCGAAACUGUAUUGAGAUAUGGUUCAAGAAAAGUUUAACAUGCCCGUUAUGUCGUGAAGUAUUAACAACUAAACAUAUCAAAUCUGUUCGUGCGCAAGCGUUUCUCGAUAAACUUGAUGAUAUAGAAGUGAAAUGUCUUAUAUGUGAACAAAACGGAAUCAAACGACGAGAUUUUCAAUAUCACCGAGAGAAAUUCUGUUUAAAAGAAAAGCAUACACAUUCACUCGACGAAGCAAUACAUCAAUGGGAAAAUUUACAGUCGGAUCAUCAAAGUCGUAUACCAUUUAAGUCGUUUUAUUCGCGUCGACGACGACUUGCGAAUGUUAUCAGUCAAUAUCCUCUGGAAUCUACAGUAACUCUGCGUAAUUAUCAACUCACCGAUGCUGAUAUGUCCGCUGUUGUUCACUACGCAGUAAAAAAGCGACAAUGUCGAAUACUUGACUUGGGAGUGAAUCAAAUUGGUUCCUACGGUAUUAUUGAUCUUGCCGAUAGUUUAGAGAGAAAUCAACGGUUGAAAUUGCUUUCUCUUUAUCAGAAUUCGAUCUGUGACAAAAGUAUGAAACAUCUCGCACAUAAACUGGCAACGAAACAUUCGUAUUUGAAAUGGUUGGAUUUAGAAUCAACUAAUUUAAAUGAUCAUUCGGCAGAAUAUUUAGCUAAUAUGCUUGCGAAGAAUACAUCCAUCACUGGCUUAUGGUUAUCGAAUAAUCAUAUCGGUUAUGAUGGUGUGCUGAAGUUAACUUCGGUAUUGAUGUCGUCGAAUAAAACGUUGAAAUAUUUGGAUUUAGAAAACAAUCCAUCGAUUGAUGACUCAUGUUUGGAAUGUUUAGAAAACAUGUUGAGACAGAAUCGAACGUUGAAAACAGUUUAUUUAAAUCGAUGUCAAUUGUCCACGACAAGUAAAAAAAGACUGCGGGACGUAGCGAACUCCUUACCAAACUUUCGUCUAUUUCUAUAA